AUGAACAUUGAUUUUUCAAGAAUUCUCGAAUUACUAAAAGAAAUACCAUCUCAUGUUUUUAAACAGAGCUGUCUAACCAUAUUACCUCAAAAUUAAAUGGAUGAAAUCAAUAAGACUAUUCCCAUAUUAAAACAACAUUUAAUCAUAUAUUCCACCAUCUAAGAAAGCUUCCUUAAUAUUUCUAUAUUACUCAUACCUAAUUUACUUGUGAUUGCUGAUCAAUACUUAGUACUAUCUAAUUGUAGAAUUGUCAAGUUGAAAUAAUGCUCCAAAUAUGAUCUUCAUAUUAUAUAACUAUCAAAUGCAACUGGACAUCUAUUGUUAUUCUUCAGUACUAAAUAACAAUAUAAAGAAUGGAUGGCUAAAUUAAAAUCUUUUUGCAAGCUCACUAAUUUUUCAAACAAAUUCUAACUAUUAGAAUAGAUCAUAAAAGAUUAUUAUAUUAUCCAGCAUAAAAAAACCAAGAAGUAUUAUACAGCUUAUGUCCAUUCCAUAAGAGCCUCAUCACCAGUAGACAUUUUACAUAGUGAAAUUCAAACCUUAAGAAGCAUUAAACAUCCAUCAUUAUUAGACUUAAAAUGGGUGUAUGAAGAUCACCAUUACAUAUAUUUAAUAUAUGAAUAUUUUAAGUGUGAGAAAUUAUUGGAUCUCCUAAAUUAAGGUUUGAUUUUGGAUCAAACAUAAUUAGCAUCAGUAUAUUUGCCUUACUUAAUUUUAGAUAAUUUUGUAAUUAUUGUAAUCUCUUAAAUUUUUAAGAAAAAAUAACAUUUAUCAUGGCAACAUUACUCCAAAUAACAUCCUUAUUAAUACCUAAUCUUCAUUUCUUUAACUCUUUAUUGUCAAUAUGGCAUUUAUAAGUCGAAUUGAUUAAGAACCUCUAUAAUAGUACUUAUUAAAUGUCCAUGAGAGUUAUAUUGCUCCUGAAAUUAAGUAAGGUAUUGCUAAGCCAUCAGUUGAAAGCGAUGUAUAUUAAAUAGGGAUUGUAUUAUAUUUUUUGACAUUUUAUAUUCAUUAAAAAAGAAAAGAUGAAAGAGUGGAUAGAAUUUAAUUAGAUUUAAUUGAUAAAGCAGAAGAAUAUUUAUCAUAACUUGAUAAGAAUACUUAAUGUAUGAAUUUUGUAAUUUAAGAUAAGUAUAAAAUGGUUUAUUGUGCUUCUUAAUUAGAUUUAUUGAGAAGAUUACUUGAUAAAAAAGAGAAUAGAAUAAGAUUAGAAGAAGCAAUGAAACAUCAUUGGUUUGUAAAUAUAAAGUAGAAAUUAAAACCAAAAAUAGAACGUAGAAAAUAACAUUUGCCAUCAUUAAAAACAAUAAUAGAAUUAUGUGAAUAAAAUGAAUCUUCAAAAUAUUUUGUGAAAUAAUAGAAAAUAAUAGAUGAGGAAUCUGGUAUUAUUAUAUUUGAUAAAAUACAUAGUGCUUGAAGAGAAUAAUUCUAUAGAAGAGUUGAUGUAUUAAUUAGAGAAGAACCAACAAUCAAAAAGGCCUUCAAAAGAAAAUCAUGAGAAAUUAAGAAUGUUUGAAUAAUUUAAGACCUAAAUAGAAUGUGAUAAAACAAGUUAAUAGAAAUAAUUUGUAUUUUCGAAAAGUAUAAUGUGAUGAAAAG